GUUUUGACCCCGCCCUGGUAAUCUGUGCUAAUUAAUAAUUUUGUUGAAGUAUGGAAGGGAACAGGCGACCCUUUUUUAAGAAACUUGCUAACCCCCAAUUUAAGAAAAAGGGUGGCAACAAAAAAGGGAAGUGGCAUAAUUCUAGCCAUGAACUGUCUUUUGGAAGUUCUCAAGCUUCAGACACAGUUUAUCGGAUACUGUGUCAGUCUAGGAAGAUUGGUAGUGUUAUUGGUAAAGGAGGUAAUAUAGUCAAAGCCCUGAGGGAAGAGACACAAGCAAAGAUUACAGUUGCCGACUCUGUUCCUGGUGCAGACGAGAGAGUAAUAAUCAUCUAUAGUCCUCCUACAAAAAUCUCAAGAAAGCACGAUACUGACAAUAGUGAUGGUGAUCCUGCCACUGACAAAGAAGAUGAACUCAUGGAGCCACAUUGCCCGGCCCAAGAUGCUCUCUUGAAAGUGCAUGACAGGAUUAUGGAGGAAGACCUUCUUGGUGGAAUGGAAAAUGAGGAUGAUAAUGAAAAUGUGGUUACUGCACGUCUUCUUGUUCCAAACAACAUGGUCGGUUGUCUUUUAGGCAAAAAAGGAGAUGUCAUUCAGAGAUUGCGUAGUGAAACGGGUGCAAGCAUUCGUGUUCUCCCUGCUGAACAUCUUCCUACAUGUGCUAUGGAGACUGAUGAACUGGUGCAAAUAUCUGGUAAGCCAGCGGUAGCAAAGCAGGCUUUAUAUGAAGUAUCUACUCUACUGCAUCAGAACCCACGGAAGGACAAACCGCCUUUGAAUUUUCCCAUGGUUCAUGGGGGCCAAAGUUUUCAUCCUCCUGCACCUCCUAUGGGAAAUAUGCAACCACCAGGAAAUCCCAUGUGGUCUCAACGGAAUAAUAAUCCUCAUGGAAUGCCGCCAGUUCCAUGGAUGGGGAGAUAUGGGAACCAGCCUUCUGGAUUUGGGCUAGGUGAUUUUAAUGAUUCUCCUGCCGCACAUGGUGGGGAAGCUCCAAGUGAGUUUUCUUUGAAAAUUUUGUGUUCAGCUGCAAAAAUUGGUGGAGUGAUUGGCAAGGGAGGCUUUAAUGUAAAACAGUUACAGCAAGAGACUGGGGCCAGUAUUCAUGUUGAGGAUGUGUCAGCAGAGUCAGAUGACCGUAUAAUUCGUGUCUCUUCUUUUGAGGCUCUGUGGAAUCCCAGAUCACAAACUAUAGAUGCUGUUCUUGAGCUUCAAAACAAAACAAGUGAACCCUCUGAUAAAGGUGGUAUAACAACAAGACUUCUUGUUCCGUCAAGUAAGGUAGGCUGCCUUCUUGGACAAGGAGGUCAUGUGAUCAAUGAGAUGAGAAGAAGAACACGCGCAGACAUACGUGUUUAUUCCAAGGAAGAUAAGCCCAAAUGUGCUUCUGAAGAUGAAGAGCUUGUACAGAUAUCUGGAAACUUUGGUGUUGCUAAAGAUGCAUUGGCAGAGGUUGCAUCAAGACUUAGAACCAGAUUUCUGCGAGAUGCGAAUGCUGGAGCAGAACCUGGUCCAGUCGGGCCAGUUCCUAGAUUUCCUAGAUUUGGUCAUUCAGGAAACUUAUCUGGUGCAGGGCCACCUCCUCCUGCCGGCUCUGGUGGAUAUGAAAUGCUAAAGGUAUAUCUAACUAAAGCUCUGUAUAUACGUGUCCGAAGGCAGGCAUCUGAGGUUAAUAGGCAUGCUUUUACCGAGUGGGAUUGCUGGAGAGUUCAAGUGCUGUCAGACAGCUAUCGGCACUCUUCACUGGGUGAAGUUGGCUGUGGUAAUUUUGGAAGGGGUGGUCGGCGUGAAUAUGAACCUCCAAGUUAUCAAGUUCCUCCAAGUGCUGCUGGGUUCCAAAACGUCAACAGUUCUAUGGAGUUUCGGAUUCCAAAUAAUCCUGUGAAUUCUGGUAUGGGGACAGGCAGCAACAACAUUGGUGAUAUUACUGGAUCAAGGAUGAAGCUCCAAGAAUAUCAUUCUGGUGGUUCUGCGUCCGCUGUUGAUAUUCGUGGGUCUGCUGAGCAUUUGAAUGCCAACCAUAGUAUGCUUCAGGCCUAUAAUAGUAGUGGUGGGCAGUACCACAAUACCCAACAGGGAUCUUAUCAGAACUACGAUGCUCAGCAAGCUGCCUACCCUAACAUCAAUGCUCCACAAACCCCUUAUCAGAUCAACGCGCAGCACGCUCCUUACCAAAACACGCAGCAAGCCAGCUACCAGAACAUGAGUGCGCAAGGUCCUUACCAGUACUGA